GGAAGGAGGGGGAGCUCGGGAAGCCUCGGGGCCGCGCCGCUCCUUCCGGGACGGCGGGAGGCGGUGCCGCUCACCUGGUGCCGCCGGCGCUGGGGAGCGCCCGAGCCGCGGUCCCGCCGGGCGGGAGGGUGUUUGUGCUUCUCCGAGUCUCUCUCCCCGCCCCCGUCUCUCCCGCCCGCCCCGCCGGGACCUCUCCUCUCCGGGCGGCAGCGGAGCCGCCUCAGGGCGGGCGGCGGCAGAGGUGCUGGUGGGGCGCUCUCGCCGUCCAGCCCGCCGGGAACAUGGCGACCGGCGGCUACCGCAGCGCCGGGGGCAGCACCACGGACUUUCUGGAGGAGUGGAAAGCCAAGCGGGAGAAGAUGCGGGCGAAGCAGGCACCGGCGGCCCCAGCGGGGGCUGCAGCCGGGGGAGAGUCCAGGCCCGGGGGGGCCGCCUCCUCCGCCGAGCUGAACAACAACCUGCCCCCCGGUGGCCCGGCGCCCCCGGCCGACCGCCCGGCGCCCCCCGCCGGCGGGGCCCUCAACUGCCUCAGCCUCUCCAGCCGGGCUGCCCCCGCAAAGGAGCCGCCGCCGCCGGCCCUCGCCGGGGUGCGGGGGUCUGAACCUGCCGCCAGGCCCCCUCCCGCCGCCGCGCCGGGCUCCCCCGAGGGCGAGGAGAAGCUGGCCGCCAAGGGAAAGAGCUCGGGCCCCAGCGCCAGGAAGGGGAAGGGGCAGAUCGAGAAGAGGAAGCUGAGGGAGAAGAGGAGGUCGACAGGUGUGGUGAACAUCCCGGCCGCCGAGAGCCUCGAUGAAUAUGAAGAUGAUGAAGCAGGGCAGAAGGAGCGAAAGAAGGAGGAUGCUAUUACCCAACAGAAUACGAUACAAAAUGAGAGUUCCAGUGCAGAUACCUCUGGCUCAUACUUACUACAGGACACCUCCAGGAUGGUUUCAAGCAGGUAUAAAAGCACAGCUAAUGCACCGGAAGAUGAUGCUCAAAAUAGAUACUCCCGAACAGACAGGACAACUUACAGCAGAUACAGCAGGGAUGCAAAUUCUUCGGGCAGUUCCAUACCAAGUAACGCUUUGGAAAAGAGGAUUGAGGAACUUGAAAGGGAACUUGCAAAGGAGAGACAGGAAAAUGCGCGACUAAUGAAGAUGACACAGGACAAAGAGGAACUAAUUGGAAAGCUGAAGGAAGAAAUUGAUUUAUUAAACAGGGACCUAGAUGAUAUAGAAGAUGAAAAUGAACAAUUGAAGCAAGAAAAUAAAACCCUCUUAAAAGUUGUUGGACAGCUGACAAGGUAGAAGAUUCAAGCCUCAAUGAGGAAAGAUUUAAAAACUACUGAUUGAACAUUAAGGUCAAUAUGGUAAUACUUCCUGUGUUGCAGUAUGUUAUAAUAACUGUCUUUAUAUUUAUUGUUAGGAAACCAGAUGAAUGUUUAUUUUCAUAGUACUUUCUUCUUCAUUCAAUGAAAUGGCAUCAAAUUUGGGGUAUAUUUUUAGCUUUCUUUUCACAUAAGAAUAAUUAAAUGUUUUGACAUAUUUCAAAAUAUUAAGUUAAAAAAUAUUUGGGUUUUGUAUCUUCAGAUUACAUCUGGGUAAAUUACAGUAAUUUAAAACUCAUCGCACCAAGAUCACUUUCAGUCCAUGUGGGUGUAUAUUUUUGAAAUGAAUGGAAGUAGUAAUACAUAUAAGCUUUGUUUACACAGAUCCAAAGUACAUAUUUUGGGAAAUAUUUCCUUUUUUGUUUAAGCAGCUGUAAAGUGGAUGCCUUAUUACUGAUGUAUAACAUUUUGCAGAUUGAUUACUUGCUCUAAAACUCUUGUUUGUUGAGGGUUUUUUUUACCGUAUCUGAAAGACUGACAAUAAUAGAGUAGCAUUUUUUUUUCUGUAUAACAGUAUUCUGGCAGAAGGGGGAGGGUUUAUUAAAAAAAAAAAAAAAGAAAAAAGAAAAAAAAAAAGAA